GUUGGGGGGGGGAAGAUGGCGAGGAUCAGGCUGGAGGACCUGGACGGGCUGGGCGAGGAGGAGGAGGAGGAGGAUGAAGGCGGGGGGGGGGAGGCCGAGGAGGCGGAGGCCGAGGAGGAGCGGGGCCGGCUGUUCGCGCACUGGGAGGCCGUGGCCAGCACGCACCGGGUCAGCCUGCCCCCAGACAUGGCCGGCCCCAUCGCCCAGAUGAACCGGCACAGCCAGGCGCGGGAGCCCGUGCCCCACGUCGCCCUGUCGCGACACGGCAAGUGCGAGGAAGCGGCCUACGAGGAGCGGCACUACCCAGCUGGGAAGUGGGCGUGUGUCACCAAGGGGGAGCCCCUCUAUGAGCAGAGCAUCUCCCUGAGCUUCAUGAAGCUCAUGCGCUACAUCUGCAAGGAGAACUCUGUAGGUCGCUACCUGGGCAUGACGGUCCCGGUGCUCAACGAAAUCCACCUGAACAAGGAGGGGACCGAGCUGGAGCGCGAGGUCCUAACCGCCUAUUACCUCCCGGGGCAGUUCCAGCAAAACCCCCCCGUCCCCAUGGACCCCGAGAUCCACAUCACCGAGAGGGCGCCGCUCCGGGUGAUAACCAGGGUUUUCUACGGGAUAACCACCGAGGAGACGAUCCUGCGGGAGAUCAGUCUCUUCUGGGAGCUCUUGGGCUCCACAGACGCCGUGCUCCGGGAAACCUACAUCGUGGCCACUUACCAGAACCCCAGCGUCCCCCAGCGCCGCAACGAGAUCUGGUUCAUCCGACGGGCUGAGUGAGCCCUUGCGGCCGGUCCUGACCCGGAGGAGACGAAUGCACGUCCUCGCCCGCCGCCCACCCGCGGAAUGACGGACCGGGAGACUGCGGGCUGGCUUUGCGCUCUCGCCAGGGGGAAACCUGCCCGCUCUGCGC